AAGAAGAAGACCACUUCCUUCACAGCUCUGCUCGGUGAAGCGGAAUAAGUAUACAUCCACUGAUUAUGGAGGUUGCAUUGCUAUAAAUUCUUCAUGGCCACUGCAGACGUCGGAUUAAACAUACAUCAGGUUUUACUGGUUCCCUGAACGUAUAGCGCUGCAGUAAUUAGUCUGGUAUUUUAUAGGCUUCCCUUACUGGGCCUCAAGACAAUUAAAACGAUCUGGAAUCUCGAGGACGUCGUUCCAACAGACCCUCGGGUAGAGGUAGACGAUAACAGACAACAGGAUUCUUGGUGGAUAGGGUGUUGAACGUUUUUUUGACUCUAAUAGAACCAGUAAAAUAUAUGAAAAACGCUGAAAGAAUAGCUUCCAGGAUGGAUCGGGACAGAACUAGCACCUUCCCCUCCACCCUGCCAGAGUCCCCGGGUUGCAACUCUCCCGGUAGUACCUUACUGCUGGGUCUGAAGAGGGUGUCUUCGUUGCUGAUCGACUGCAGGAAAACACCAGGGCAGAGUGGAACUUCGAGAGGUGGACACGAGGAAGAUGGAGAUUUGAUUUCAUCAAGGGACACAUCUAAACGUGGUCUCGGUGGGAGGGGCUUAUCUGCUCAACUUCAACCACAUGUUGCUGACGAGGCAGAGAAGUGUCUCUCCAGGUCAGAACACUUCAAGAAACAUCAGCAGAGACGUACAGGGAAGAAACCUCCCCACUGCUGCUCUGACUGUGGGAAGAAUUUCACUAGCCGGAGUUGCUUCAUUAUUCACCAGCGGAUUCACACCGGCGAGAGACCGUACUUCUGCUCUCAGUGUGGGAAGAGGCACAUCUCUGCAGGGCGUCUUAAAGAACACCAAAGAAUCCAUACAGGAGAGAAACCUUACAGAUGCUCACAGUGUGGGAAGAGUUUUGCUCUAUCUGGCACCUUAAAAUCUCAUCUGAGAAUCCAUACAGAAUUUUCAGUUGUCUUGAAAGCACCAUAAAUCCAGAGAAUGCCAGACUUUGAUUACAACAUUUGCCCACAAGAAGGACUGUCGCACCAUCUUCCUGUUCAAGUGUGCAUAGCACAACAAGGUGAGUCCAAAAAUGUAUUGUAUGCUGCUGCAUAAAUUAUGUAAUAUGCCAGGGAGAUAUGUAUACUGUAGCUAAGAAAGUAAUACUAAGUGUAUGUUGUGUAGUUAGCUGUUAAUAGCCCAUGUGCCUCACCCUAAUAAUUUGGUACCUUUCCCCCUCAUAACUUAGCCUACUGUUCUGAUUUGGUGGUGUACGUUUAGCCUAUAGCCUGUUUUAGAGAAAUUCCAUCAUCGAAUAUUGUAAGAGCUUUCAUCGUCGGCUUACAUUCCCCCUUUAUUUAUCCUACAGUCUGACUUGGUGUACAGGGAGAAUAGCCUACUGUAAGACCAGCCCAUAUUCUGUCACUACAUUUCAAAAGUGCUGAACAAAUAGUAUAUUGACUGUUACUUUAUAUGGACUACUAUUGUCUUAAUUGAAAUGACAGGUUGCCUCAUCCUUCCCUUAUGUCAUAGUUUGUACAUCUCAAUUGUCAGUAGAAACCACAUUCGUUUAAGCAAUUCACCCAUAUCAGCUAUGUUUUUUUAAGGCAGUAAAUGAGGCUGAAUGAACUGUUAGGCUGCCAGACAAGGUGCUGUUAAUAGCCAGGCAUAGCCAGCGUAAGGAUUCACUCCAUGGUGCUGAAAAGAUAUAUCUGCUGUUGGGACAGCUUUAUGUAAUAAUCCCCAGUUUACAAUUGGCUCAUUCAUCCCCCUCCUCUCCCCUGUAACUAUUCCCCAGGUCGUUGCUGCAAAUGAGAACGUGUUCUCAGUCAACUUACCUGGUAAAAUAACGGUAAAAUAAAUAAAUAAAUAAAAAAUGUAGGCCCUAAUACUUUGUGGACACCGUUUGUCCCUGUUACAGUGCCAUUUAAUGUAUUGUUUAGUGUUCUGUUGUUGCUUUGCUGGCAUGCAUCCCCCCCAAAAAUGUUUGGGGUUUGCCCCACCAAGAUUUACAUGCUGAAAUCGACACUGACUUUACUGGUUCACUGCACGGAUAGCUUAUUGGUAAUCAGUCUGAUUUACUAGGCUACUGUUACUGGGCCUCAGCCAAUAACGAUAUCUGGACUCUGGAAGAGAACGUUGUCAGAGAGGAAGAGGCAAAGAGGCCCAACUCGAGCCAUCUAGCCAUGAUCUAAUUUGAAAGACAAUAGCAAGUGAUUUCACUAAUCUCAAAUUCGGCAUGCCACUUUCCAGCAAACAGAAGCCAGCCAUAGACUGCAAGUUGUUUUUGUUGUGUCUAUAAAUACCUUAGAAUUGUUGUGAUUUUAAUUAGAUUUUAUUUGCAAAUGUUAAAACAAUGCAACCACACGUGGACAUAAUGCAGUUACAAUCAUUGAGGAUGACACCAAAAACCUGAUUCAAUCAUUUAAAGUUAAAAUGGAUGAAUGAUAUAUUGAUUAUAGCAAGAACAACCUACAUUUGACAUUAAUUUAACAUACUAUAUAUUUGAGACAAUACAAAGUUAUUUUCUAACAAUAAAUUAAUCCCUAAACCGCAUCACCCACUUGUAGAAAAGUGUUUGACUAUGUACAGUAGGUGGCGGUACAAUUUAAACACCACAGAAGCCGGAAAGUAUCAACAGGAAGUGCUUUGUUACCGUCCUCUAUUGCGUUUUUAAACCAAAUAAAAAUCAACAGGCUUUUUCUGGAUCUUUUCUGAUGUAAAAUUAGUCUACAUGAGACGUUCAUUUGUCCCAAUUUAAAUCGAGUUUUGAUCAUUUAAGAAGGUGUGAUCUAGCUUUUAUUUGUUUGAACGCUGUGACAAAGAAAUGAACUGCAGCGUACACAUUUACUGUCAUGUUUUUUUAUUUGAAGAAACGUUGAAGAAAGAAUACAGUGGCUUCCACUAUGGA